AUGCCCCUCGCUCUGCCGCCGCCUGGCUCUGGACCGCAGCCGGGUAAUGGCUGCUGCGGCGGCUGCUGGAUGGUUGCAGCGACUGGGCCUGCUUCUCCUCAGCAGCCAGAGGCCUGGCCGCGGCGGCCGCGGGACGGGAAGGAGACGGAGAAUCCUCGGCACGGCCGCUGCCUCCGCCGGCGGCCUCCGCAGCCCGGGCCGGGGGGGGUGCGGCGGCGGCGGAGGGGAGGUUUACAGCCGGCCCGGGUCCCUGGACGUGCCGCCGCCGCCGCCGCCGUGUUGGAGGCAGAAGCGGCAGCCCCUGCGAGUGGGCGGGGCCGGGGAGACCGAGGAGGGUUCAAAAGGCGGUGGAGGGAUACGCGGGCCACAGUCGGAACUACUUUCAGGAGGAGGUCACGUGUGUUCCUAGUUGGGGAACUUUCCAAAUUCCCACUCCCCUAUGAUGCCUCGGGAGGCAAGUGCCUUGCGUCCUUCGCCCGGGGUGCCGCUGCCGUCUGUCGGCAGCGGGACCCCGAGCCUCCGGUCGCGGCGGAAAAACAGGCUCCUACGAGCCUCCGGCCCGAGCGCUGUCGGUGCUGGCGCCUGGGGAGCUGGUUACACAAGCACCCACCUUCAAGCACGUGCCCCCGCCUCCCCGCAUGCUGGCCGCGGCCGCGGCUUCUCGCGGACCUCGGAGGGAGAGCUCCCAAGCGGCUCCUACCCAUUCGCGUGCUACCUACCGAGCCAGCGAAACUGCCAAGACUUGAGACUUGGAGCUCCGGCUCGGCCAACAGUGCGCGUUCCUAA